AUGGCAGAGGGAUUCAACGGCAUGGCCAUGGACCAACCCGCUGGCGCCAGCAAAACCAAUCCACAUGCUGCCGAAGCCUGGCUCGAACCAUGGCUCAUCAAACACUCAGAGUUCUACCGCAAGCAUCUGGCACGGGGGCGAUCAGAAAGCAAAGCUACCCGCCGCCAUAGCGAGGUCUCCGAGGCUCUCGAGUCAAGAAACAAUUCCGUCACUGCCCCAGAGUCGGAGCACACCGUUGAAGCCGGAGCCGGAGCCGGAGCCGGAGUGGAAGCAACCAGCUCAAUGCCAGUUCCGGUCGAACAGCCGAGACAUGGCGACGAGGUCGAUACUCCUCCACACGAAGCAGAGGCCGAGAACAGAACGGACGACAAGGGCCUUCACGGCUGGCGCAAGCACCUUAGCUGGUUCCCUCAUCCUUGA